UUUUCUUUAAUGGUUUUUUUUUUCCUUCUUCCAUUGGCUUCUCGUUUAGCCCCUUCUUCUACUCUACCCCGUCUUUGUCUGUCUCUAUCUAUUCUCCAUAAGCAAGAGAUCUUCCGCUUCCGGGACCUCCCCGUCUCAAAGUAAGGAAUUCUUCUCCCUCUGCAUUUCCACAUUACCAAUACCAGUAUACCACCCCUUUUGAUUCUGUCGGCGGGAGAUUGCUUCCUCUUCUACAAAGUUCUGUGCUUGCUUGUUCAACUCCCCCAAAUCUGGCGGUUGAUUGAUUCGCCAGCUAAAACCCUUCUCUGGGUCUGCAACUCUCUGCUAUUUUGCGUACUGGGUUGAGUCCCCUUUUUAUUUCCAGUUAGUGCAGAGAAGGUGAUCGGCGAAAUGCUUGUCUGAGAAAAGGUGGGAGGAGGAGUGUUGGUGUUUUAUUCCCCCCCUUCCUCUUUCCUCUUUGAUUUGUUUUGUCAGAGAUAGGGGAGCAGGGGAAACAAAAUGGGGAGGAGGAAGUUGAGGUUUAGCAAGUUGUAUUCUUUCUCGUGCUUUAAAUCACCAGCGACUGAUGAUCAUGCUCAAAUCGGGCGAAAGGGUUACUCCAGGGUGGUUUACUGCAACGACCCUGAUAAUCCAGACUCACUUCAGCUCAAUUACAAGGGGAAUUACGUCUCCACCACCAAAUACACGGCGGUCAACUUUAUUCCCAAGUCGUUGUUUGAGCAGUUUAGGCGGGUCGCCAACUUGUAUUUCCUCGUUGUGGCUUUCGUCUCCUUCAGUCCACUGGCUCCUUACAAGGCUGUCACUGUUCUUGCGCCUCUGCUUAUGGUGAUUGGAGUUACCAUGGUCAAGGAAGCCGUCGAAGAUUGGCGGAGAAGGAAACAGGAUGUAGAAGCUAACAAUAGGAAGGUGAAAGUGUUUGGAAAGAGUUAUACAUUUACAGAAACUAGAUGGAAGCAUCUCAAAGUUGGGGAUGUGGUUCAAGUUGAUAAGGAUGAGUAUUUUCCUGCUGAUCUUCUUCUGCUUUCUUCAUCCUAUGAUGAUGGAGUAUGUUAUGUGGAGACGAUGAAUCUCGAUGGAGAGACUAACUUAAAAUUGAAGCAUGCUCUGGAAGUCACGGCCUCUCUACGUGACGAAGAAUCUUUGAAGCGAUUCAAGGCCAUGAUCAAAUGUGAAGACCCGAAUGAAAAUCUCUACUCUUUCAUCGGGACAUUGCAUUACAACGGGAGUCAGUAUCCGCUCUCGCCGCAGCAGAUUCUCUUGAGAGAUUCGAAGCUCAAGAAUACUGAUUAUAUCUAUGGUGUUGUGAUUUUUACUGGCCAUGACACUAAAGUGAUGCAGAAUUCCGUGGAUCCUCCUUCAAAGAGGAGCAAAAUCGAGAGGAGAAUGGACAAGAUUAUUUAUAUCCUUUUCAGCACGCUAAUCGCUAUAUCUGGUGUUGGUUCUGUGAUUUUUGGGAUUGAGACCAGGAGAGAUUAUGAAGAUGGGAAGUAUAGAAGGUGGUAUCUUCGACCAGAUCAUACUACUUCGCUCUAUGAUCCUCAAAGGGCACCACUUGCUGCUUUCUUACAUUUCUUAACAGGACUCAUGUUGUAUGGGUACUUGAUACCAAUAUCGUUAUAUGUGUCGAUUGAGAUAGUGAAGGUCUUGCAGAGUGUUUUUAUCAAUCGAGAUCAAGAAAUGUAUGACGAGGAAUCGGACAGGCCAGCACGUGCUAGAACGUCUAAUUUGAAUGAAGAACUUGGUCAGGUUGAUACUGUGCUCUCUGACAAGACCGGUACUUUGACAUGUAACUCAAUGGAGUUUGUGAAAUGCUCGAUAGCUGGGAAUGCCUAUGGUCGGGGUAUGACAGAAGUAGAAAGAGCUCUCUUGCAAAGGAAAAGUGGGAAGCCAGUAGUAGAAGCUGAUGAUUCAUGUAAUGAUUCGAAUGACAUGGGAAAGUCAGUGAAGGGGUUUAACUUCAGAGAUGAACGCUUAAUGAAUGGGUGUUGGAUUCACGAACAAGAUUCUGAUAGGAUACGGAUGUUCUUUCGAGCAUUGGCACUUUGCAACACGGCAGUUCCGGAGGAAGACAAAGAGUCACAUGGUGUUUUUUAUGAAGCUGAAUCACCAGAUGAAGCGGCAUUUGUUGUAGCUGCUAGGGAGAUGGGGUUUGAGUUGUAUGAAAGGACACAAAUGACCAUAUCACUGCAUGAGUUGGAUCCCGGGUCUGGUAGACGUGUUGAUAGAGUAUACAAGCUUCUUAAUGUUUUGGAAUUCAGCAGCUCACGAAAAAGAAUGUCUGUGGUUGUAAGGAGUAUGGAAAAUCAGCUCUUACUCCUAUCCAAGGGCGCAGACAGUGUAAUGUUUGAGAGGCUCUCGGAACAUGGGCGAGCUUUUGAAGCUGAGACCAAGGAGCACAUAAAAAGAUAUGCUGAGGCAGGUCUCCGAACCCUGGUAGUUGCAUAUCGUGUGCUUGAUGAAACUGAGUAUUGUAAUUGGGAAGCAGAAUUCACAAAAGCGAAAACAGCAGAAACUGCAGACCGUGAUGUGUUGGUGGAUGAACUCGCUGAUAAGAUUGAAAAUGGUUUAGUUCUGCUUGGUGCAACAGCUGUUGAGGACAAAUUGCAGAAAGGGGUUCCAGAGUGCAUUAACAAACUUUCACAGGCAGGGAUUAAUAUAUGGGUCCUAACUGGUGAUAAGAUGGAAACCGCGAUAAAUAUUGGUUAUGCUUGUAGUUUACUUAGACAAGGGAUGAAACAGAUCACCAUCACAUUAGACUUGCCGGAUAUUGAUGCAUUGGAGAAACGAGGGGACAAAGAGGGUGCUUCUAAGGCUUCUCUUGAAAGUGUAUCGAAGCAAAUCAACGAGGGAAAAUUCCAAAUGACUUCUGCUAAAGCAAGUUCAACGGAACUGAGUUUGGUUAUUGAUGGAAAGUCUUUGGGCUAUGCCCUCGACAAGAAGCUGGAGAUGUCCUUUUUGGAGCUUGCCCUCAGUUGCGCUUCUGUCAUAUGUUGUCGGUCUACUCCUAAACAUAAGGCUCUUGUCACAAGAUUGGUUAAAACAAGAACAGGUAAAAUGACGUUAGCUAUAGGCGAUGGGGCGAAUGAUGUCGGCAUGCUCCAGGAAGCUGACAUUGGAGUCGGCAUAAGUGGUGCUGAAGGAAUGCAGGCUGUGAUGGCAAGUGAUUAUGCAAUAGCACAGUUCCGUUUUCUUGAACGUUUGUUGCUAGUUCAUGGUCAUUGGUGCUACAGGAGAAUAGCCAUGAUGAUCUGUUACUUCUUCUACAAGAACAUUGCAUUCGGGUUUACAUUGUUCUGGUACGAGGCAUAUACAUCUUUCUCUGGCCAGCCUGCCUACAACGAUUGGUACAUGUCAUUCUACAAUGUCUUCUUCACUUCACUUCCGGUAAUCGCCCUUGGAGUUUUCGACCAGGAUGUCUCAGCCAGGCUCUGCCUUAAGUAUCCAGUACUAUACCAAGAAGGCGUCCAGAACAUCCUGUUCCGUUGGUCCCGAAUCCUUGGCUGGAUGUGCAACGGAGUCCUAACCUCCAUAAUCAUAUUCAUCUUCACCACAAACUCCAUGAUCAAGCAGGCACUCCGUGAAGACGGGCAAGUGACCGACUACGCCAUCCUUGGUGCAACCAUGUACACGUGUGUGGUAUGGGCCGUGAACUGCCAGAUGGCGCUCUCGAUCAACUACUUCACCUGGAUCCAACACUUCUUCAUCUGGGGGAGCAUCGGCUUCUGGUACAUAUUCCUCAUCAUGUACGGCUACGUCUCCCCAACCCUCUCCACUACGGCUUACAUGGUCCUUGUGGAGGCUUGCGUCCCAAGUCCUCUCUACUGGCUAGUCACGGUGCUCGUCGUGGUGUCAGCCCUGGUGCCUUGCUUCGCAUACAGGGCAUUCCAGUCCAGGUUCCGUCCCAUGUACCAUGACAUCAUACAGAUACGGCGAGCUGAAGGGUCGGAGGAGAUUGAAUCAGGUUCUUCUGUUUCGGGAGAGUUGCCUAGAGAUGUGAAGUUGAGAGUGCAGCAUUUGACAGAGGGGUUGAUAACUAGGAAGUCGUAGCUUUUGGUGGAAUCCCAGUUGUUGUUUUAGAAUUCUUUUGUCUGUUUGUUCAAGUUUUUCUAAAGGGUUACACAAAGAGUAGCUAGGAUUGUUAAAGUUUCAACCUUUAGUUGAAUUCAUGGAUUAGCAGUAGGAGAAAAGGGAAGAGAGUAGAUUGUAAGUGUGCCCGUGUGGGAGGAGUGACAGGUUAUAGUCUUAUCCUCUGCAGCUUUGUAGAUAUGCGAGAGUGAGAGUUGUAAAGUUUCUAUGUGUAUAUAUGUCCAAUUCAGGCUUUACUUGGGUUAUAAGUUAUAACAUUGGAGCAUCCUCAAUUGUGAAUUACAGCAGAUUAGUCAUUUGAAAGAACUUGAAUGGCAGGUUCGUGAUUUGACUAAAUUACCGAAAUAAAAAAUUUACCGGACUCAAACCCUAACCUUUGCCGCCGUCACCCUUCCAACUCUAUUCUCGCCGGUAAGCUGUUCCCUUUCUUCUAUUUUUGCUCUUCUUUCUCGUCUUGUGUCUCCGUCACGGCGAGGGGAGACUGGCUCAUCUUCUGCGUUGUCGCUUUGGCGUGGGCAUCGACCACUGUGCGUAAAUGGGUCGUAUUCAUUCUGUUCCCCAUUGCUAUGUUGUCCAAGAGCAAGUCUUUUCUAUGUCGAUCGCUUGAACGACGACGACGGCGGCUCAUCAAACAGAGUUGAUGAUGGUGAAGAUGACUUGGAUAAGCAGA